AUGAGACAGGCACAUGGAGAAUCCCUGAAGAGCUUUCUAUCACGCUUCACUGAUGAGAUGAUGUACUGUGUGCAAGUCACCAACCGUGAGGCAUUGUCUGCUCUGAGAGGAGGCCUGAACAUGAACACCCUGUUUUGGAAGGAUGUGCAAAAUCAGGACCCCACCACCUACGACGCCCUGCUCGAGAUGAUGAGACGGGAGAUCAUCAAUGGAGAAUUGAUUGAGCAUAGGAAUAGGGCAAGUAGAGGCCUCCCAGCUCCGCAAAUACAGCGUGCUAGAGGGCCAACCUACCACUUGAUGGAUUACCAAAUGAACCAAGCCGGAAAUGAGAGUUCUGGGCAAGCACUUGCCACCACCACUCUUAACGCAGUCCCGACCUUGGCAUAUGAGGAUAUCAACAAGUCACUGACACCUAGCAGAUGGGAACUCCGUAAGGAUCCCGCAGGGGGAGAGGCCGAGGCUUGCGUUUGGGACUUAGAAAUAGGUCAAAUCCAAACCCCCCGAUACUGCAUAUACCAUCGGUCCUAUGGCCACAACACAGUAAAUUGUCAAGACUAUGCUCAUUGUACCCAACAGGAACCCCUCAGGGAUAAAAAUGAAUCACCUCAGAUUAAUAGGCCCCCACCUAGGUAUGACAACCGACCUGGGCGUGAAGAGGCUACUCCCCGUCAAAGGGAGGUUUCCCCACGACGAAGGGAACACGAUGCAAAGAAGCUCAGGAAAACAUGCAGACACCGAAGAAGUCGACAAACUCAGGAUGAGGCCCCCUAUCCACGAGAUGGAUACCAUUUUGGAGGCCCAUAUGUAGGCGAUGAAAUGCGGAAUGCUAAAAUGAACUAUGCUCGUGAGGCCAGACGCCCCCCGCUUACCAGCUAUAUUGUGGGCCACAGCUCCCAAAGGGAUCAAGUUCCACCUAUUGUCUUCACCCAGGAGGACGUUGAAGGGGUUUACUACCCCCACUGCGAUGCACUUGUGGUGAGAGUGGUCAUAGCCCGAGAUGGGCUCAAACGAAUGCUAGUUGACAACGGUAGUUCUGUCAACAUCCUAUUCGGGUCCACCUUCGACAUAAUGAUACUGGACCAUGAGUUGACGCCCACCACUACUCCAUUGUACGGAUUUACCGGAGAUAGCAUCACUCAAAGAGGAAAGAUCACCCUUGCAGUGGAGAUGAGGGAGCCUUCCCAAACCGUAAUGAACUUUAUGGAGUUCCUCAUUAUUGACAGUCGAUCGGUCUACCACAGAGUAAUGGGUUGGCCAACUUUAAAGGAAUUGUGA